AUUGGCCAAAUUGCAAUCACACAAAAUUGUUUUGCACCGUCUUUUCACGGUGACGUUUGUUGGUGAAUGAGACGUUUUGAGCUGUACUCGUGUUCGACGCACGUGAAUCGAAGAUGGCUCUGGCUGAAUGCGUGUUGUGAUGAUCCAAAAUCUGUGGAAAAUCUGCGGCAAUUUUGAAAAAUUGCAAGCUCCUCUGAAUAUUGUGGAGUUUGUUUCUGUGAUCGCAAAAUCCUGGAGGGUCUGAAAAGUGUCAAAUGUGGAAAUACUGUUUAUUUUCAGUAGGGAUGCACCGAUACCACUUUUUUUCAGACCAAGUACAAGUACUCACAUUUGGGUAUUUGCCUAUACCAAGUAAAGAUAUGAGUACUUCACAAUUAUACCAUUUUACGUCUGACUGCCACCACAUCAGCAACACUUUUCUGGACCAAAAGACCCUCAUAACAGCCAGCCGGAGGGUGUGAAUGGCACAUGGCAAGCUAGGUAGUCCAGCAUCACUCAUAGCCUUGAUCAUGUUGUUGGCAUUGUCCCGCGACACAAUGUGAACAUAACUUUUCGGAAUGCCCCACGUCUGAAGCGUGUCAUCGAACGAACCUGCUAUGGCUUGGCCAGUCUGUGAACCCCUAAACUGCGUUGCUUGUAAAACGACUCUCUGGGGAGUAAAAUCCUCAAGAGACAUUGGGCUGACACCGCUAGUCCAAACACCAGUGGUGAAGCUGAAGGCCGAAAUGUCCUGCAACAGGUUCCUGAUGUGCUUUUUCACCAAGUCAUGCAGCUUUGGUAAUGCGGUAUCUGUAAUGUGGUGACGGCUGGGAAUCUCAUACUUCGGCUCAAGUACACCAAGAAGACGACGAAAUCCUGUACUAUCUACAGCUGACAACGGUUGGUCAUCAAGAGCAAUGAACUGGUUUAGCAGAGUACAGUUUGCAGUCUGCUUUACUUUUAUCAUCAUCACUUAUCUUAAAAUAUCUCCAAAUUGCUGACAUUGCUCCUCUUCCGACUCCCUGUGACUGUGGCAGGGCAAACAGAUCGUGGUCAGAUGGGCGUGGUUUUGGAGCGUGUGCGUGCCAAUCAACGGUCAGUGGGAUGGACUGACCGUUGACAAACAGCGAGACAGCGCCUUUCAGGUUUUCUGCUACUGGCCAUGCACAAAUUGUGUCAGCGAGAGUGAAAAAAGAAGAAAUGUCUGACAAGGGAUCCUGGCAGAGAUACCAAGUCUCUGUUUUCGGAUAUGCAGGGUAGCAUUAGCAGGUCAAUUAACAGAGACAGAGAGUUCCUGCGAGCACUGACUGAAGCAGAGAACUACGGUGAAGACAAAAAGAAGGUUCGACUUGCUACAGUACCAAAUCAUCUGGAGAGUGAUGAUGAACCCGUUCGGCGACCGAAUUUAAUGAAAUUGUGAACAUUUCUAUAAAAUUUCUCAUCUAAUAGUGUACCAACGUUAUUAAUAGGCACUGUUUCAAACAGGAACAAAUGUUUGCUUGUCCAAAUAUAUCCAAAAAACCGAACAAUUUCCAUGGGGUGUACUUAUUUUUACAUAUGACUGUAAAUAUUGUAUACGUAUUUUUUUUAUGAUAUCUUUUUAGAUUAUAUUAAACACUUAAGCUCUUGAAUUUAAUUCUAUUGUAAGAUCUUAGAAUUUGGUUUAAAGUUCAUAAAAUAAAUGAUUAAUUGUUUUUAAGUUUCGUCGUUGUAGCUUGAAUUUUGAAGGAGCUUUUCUGUUGUUUUGUUCAUUUUGUUUAAAAUGGAAAUUUCAUUGUUUGAUUCUGGAACAUGUAUUAAUGUAUUAAUGUAUUAUAGUGUUACUCUUGACCUCCCUAACGCAUCGUGUCAAUUUGCUGAAAAUCUGAGAAUGUCGAAUUUUUCACCCAAAAGAAAAACAGUAAGGGGAAUCUUACUGAGAUUGUUUGGGUUUUGUGUUUUGGGGUUUUUUUAGCGUUCUCUGAUUUUCACUAAAUUCACACCGUGCGUUAGGGAGGCUGAGACUAACUCAGAGGUGCACUUGGGGUUAGGGUUAGUCAGUAACAUAUCAAAAUCUAAUUUUAUUGGCCACAUACACAAUUAUACACAGUACGACGUGCAGUGAAACGCUUUUUUCGACGGUCCCUGACAUAAAAAUAGAAGUUACAUAAACCAAAAUUAAUUUCUAUACAGGUAGGAAAGAAAAAUAUUUUAAAAAUCUGAUAUAUAGGAGAGAAAGAUCGGUGGCAGAAACAGUACAACUGUAUUUUGAAUAAUGUGCAGUGGGUUGGUGUCACAUCUGGCUGUAGUCCUAGGUGUUCUCCUGGUUGAGGAACCGAAUGGCCUGUGGGAACAAGCUCGUCAUUCUCUCUGUUGGCCUUUAGGGAGCAGAAGCACGUCACUGACUGCAACAGAGAGAAGAGUCCGCUGAGGUCCUUCACUCGGCCUUGGUAGAUGGACUGCAGGUCAGGGAGCUCAGUGCAGAUGUUGCACUCAGCUGAUUGCACCAUCCUCUGGGGAGCCACUUAUCCUGCUUGGUGCUGUUCUCAAACCCAGCUGUGAUGCUUCCCAUCAGGAUGCCCUCCAUGGUGCAGGUGUAAAAGUUCCUUAGCACCUUAAAGGGCAGUUUACAGGCUCUUAAGAGUCUAAAGUGGUAAAGACGCUGACGGGUCUUCUUCACCAGGGGGUUAAUGUGACAGGACCAUGGCAUGUCCUGGUGAUAUGAACCACUCUCUCCAAUGGGACCCCGUUAAUCUAAAGGGAGUGAUGGUUCCUCUGCAGCUUCCUCACGCCUGCUGACGUCUGUAACACACACACACACACACACACACACACACACACACAUUAAUAAGAUGGAAAUUAUUAUCAGUGAUCAUCUUUCUCAAUCAUUUUCAUGCUGUAAUAAAGGUCAUAAAUAUAUAUUUAAGAAGAUUCCUCCUACCUCCGAGUCUUUCGAUGGAUCACGUGUUGUCUAUAAAACAUCUGGAAGCUGAACCUGAACCUCACUGCAGUCUGAUUCCCGGACCUUCACUCGUCCAAUUAACCAUGUGUACGGACGGAGAGAAGUUCGACGCCUGGAACAUGAGUUUUGGACUCGAUCAGCUCGGACUGGACGAAAUGACAAUAUACGGUUUCGACGUGACAUUUCCAUCAAAACCCGAGUCCUCCUUGAGCGCUUCCAGUGAGGAUUCUGAACUCGCCAGUGACACGGACACUCAGCGUCUCCACAGUGAGGAGGAAAGUUCUAGGUGCUCGGGUUUGAAGACUCCGCCUCAUACAGAACACAGCUUCUCGUACGCCAAGCUGCACGACGACGCGAGCACCGCGUUACUAAACAUGGCGUGUAAGAUAUGUGGAGAUCGAGCCUCGGGGUAUCACUACGGCGUCCACGCUUGUGAAGGGUGUAAGGGUUUCUUUCGGAGAACCGUGGGAUUGAAGCUGAAGUAUAAACACUGCAGCCGGAACUGUCGAGUCCACAAAAAAAACCGGAACAAGUGUCAGUUCUGCCGGUUUAAGAAGUGUGUUUUGGCAGGAAUGUCUCACACAGCCAUUCGUUUUGGGAGAACGCCUCUAGCCGAGCGAGAGAAGCUGAUCAUGGAGUUCCACACAGUCGUGCAUCGGCUGGAACCGGAGUCAGGAAAACAACAAGCGAUCGCCAGGAAUUUAUACCGUUCCUACCUCAGACACUUCCCAAUAACGAAGAGCAAAGCCAAAGCCAUUUUAUCAGGAAAAGACGAAGAAAACCCGCUGUUCAUCAUCCACGAUAUGAAGUCUCUGAUGGCUGGUGAGGAGUUCCUGGUGUGGAAGCACUCGUCUGUGCCGGCUCUGUUCCCCGUCGCCGAGCUGGAGCUGUCCAUGUUCCGCCGUGUGCAGUACGGCUCGGCCGAGUGCGUGCGCAGAAUCGCAGAGUUUGCGAAGAGCAUCCCGGGUUUCGGGGAGCUGGAGCUGAGCGAUCAGAUCACCAUGCUGAAGUACAGCGCCUUCGAGGUGAACAUCAUCCGCCUGAGUCACUUCACCAACAAGGACGGCGUGCUGAUGGCCGAGGGACGAGUCUUCAUGACCCGAGAGUUCAUCAAGAGCCUCCGCAAACCGUUCUGCGACAUGAUGGAGACCAAGUUUGACUUCUUGGGUAAAUUUAGAGCACUCGAGCUGGAGGAGUGCGACCUGGUGCUCUUCAUCACCGCAGUCAUCCUGUGUGGAGAUCGGCCGGGUUUGGUGAACCCAAAAGCCAUCGAGGCGCUCCAGGAUGAGGUUCUUCAGACUCUGGAGUUCCAGCUGAAGGUUCUCCACCCCGAGUCUCCUCACCUCUUCGCCAAACUGCUGCAGAAGAUGACGGACCUGCGGUCGCUGGUUGCUGAACACGUACGCAACAUCCACCUGCUGAAGAAGAGCGAGCUGGACAUGUGUCUUCACCCGCUCUUACUGGAGAUCAUGCAGGACCUCUACUAGAACCCAGAACAUGACUGGGAACCGUUAUUAAUGACCUGGAUUUUAUAAACAUGUUAAUAAGAGCAUCACUAGACAGGAAAAAAGACUCACUGUAAUAUUCCAGAAUCUGCUUUUAGUUAAGAAUCCAGUAUUAGAAUCCAAACGAGAGCAAAUUCUUCAUUUGUACUGAAAAAAUAUGAAAUAAAACGUUUUGCUUUGUUUGAGAACACAUCAGACUUUUAAAAAUCCAGAUAAAACUUUAAAGCAAGAGAGAUUAAUUCAUUCAUUUUUUUAAAAAAACUAGAUUCAUGUUUUUGAUUUUUUUAAAAAGCUGAUCCAGAUUGUUCUUCCUUUAUAAAAAGUCAAAAAAAUUCAGAUCAACAAUUAAAAAAUUAAAUAAAUAAAAACACUGAAAAAGCAA